GUUAUCUUCUUGAUUAAUCUUAGCGCAUUAUAGCAUAUGCUCCCCUACCAACCACUCCACUUCAUCCUCUGAAAGAGCUGCAGAAAAAAGAAAGAAAGAAUAGAAUCCCCAUCUCCUUCAAGUUCUCAGCAAUAAAAAAAAAACUCUGAAACCCCUCCUCCUAUUCCCUUGACAGUGACAUAGCAUCAGACUUAAGAUACACCCUAAAGCUCCAGUCUUUUCCAACUCUUUAAUCUCUGAUACUUGUGCUUACCCAAAAGUAGUACCUACACCUGCUCUGUUUCUUGCAAUGGAGAAAAUUGUGUUUAUGGUCAGCUGUGAGCUAAAGGCUUGUGGUAUAGUGUAGCUUUCUCCAAAGGGUUUUCUGAGCUUCAAUAACUCCCCAGAGCUUUACUGAAAAGCUCUAAGGCUCUUCCGUACCUUCCUUUUUGUCCCUCUCCCUCGUUUGGGAGCUUACUUUCUAUCUCCUUUCUUUCUCGAGAAUGGGUUGCCAGCGUAUGGUUGUGAGGAACUUGGACCCGGAGAGGAAAAGGUCUGGUGGAUUGAGAACCAAACAGGCGGGUCGAGGGUCUUGUAGGGGAAGUUAGACUAUUGGGACUGCACUUGCCGGAAAAAAGAGCAAUGAUUCUUCGCCGGCGCUGACAUCCAUUCAUUUUUUUAUUUUCUAGUUUGUCUCCGGAAUAAAAAAGAAGUUUCGUUCUUCAUAUAUUUAUAUAAUCAUAGACUGCAAAUUGCUAUGGGGUACUUGCUGAAGGAAGUUUUGAAGAUACUUUGUGGAGUCAAUACAUGGUCUUAUGCUGUUUUUUGGAAACUUAGUUGCCAAAAUCCCAAGGUUUUGGUUUGGGAAGAUUGUUACUAUGAACCUGUUAUCUACUCUACCAUCCAAGGUUUUAUCCCUGGGAAUAUGAAUACAGAACCUGCUAUUCAAAACUGGAGUUCUUGCUGGUCCCCAAACAAUGUUUCUCAAACAGGGGAGAAGGUUCAGCUUCUUGUAAACAAGAUGAUGGUAGAAAAUCAGUUCAGUGCUGUAGGUGAAGGGCUUGUUGGAAGGGCUGCUGCUACUGGUUACCAUCAAUGGAUUUUGUCAGAAGGUUAUUGCAGAGAAGCACACCCAGUGGAGGUUCUGAAAGAGCUGUCUUUACAAUUUUCAGCUGGCAUGCAGACAGUAGCAGUUAUUCCUGUUCUUCCUCGUGGUGUUGUUCAACUUGGUUCAUCCAAAGUGGUUAUAGAAAAUCGUGGUGUUAUGAAUGAUGUUAGAAUGUUGAUUGGUCAACUAGGAUGGGCCCCACCGGGUUCAUUGCGAUCUGAUGAACAGCAUGUGAUGAAGCAACCUCAGGUCCACCAUAGGCAGACUUCUUCCCAAACCUCUGAAUACUAUGUCAAUCUUCGUCAAAAUCAAAUGACAAAAGAAGUGACUUUGAAUCCAAACAUUUGGCAAAAUCAACACUCUUUAAAUGCUGACUCCAUUCCCAGCCUAAAUUCACAUUCAUGUAUGAAUGGAAGCAGUUCUGAGUUUGAUGGGAAUAUGGGUAUUGUAGAAAAUGAUCUGUUCCAAGAACUUGGCUCCGUGCUGACCCAAAAUAAUGAGAACCGGAGUUCCAAUGGGCCCACCAUGCUUGAUUUCAGUUAUGAUACAAAAGAUGAGUAUGGGGUCCUGCAAAGUGGAUUGCUGGACGAUAAUCAUCAAGAUCCAUGUGUCCAUUCGUCAGGGGAUGAUUUAUUUGAUAUUCUUGGUGCUGAUUUUAAAAACAAACUACUAAAUAGAAGUUGGAAUAAUGGACAAGAAGGCCCAAACACAAAGGAUAUGGAUCAUGAUGAUGAUUCUAUUGAUUAUAAUAAUCUUGUAGACUUCGUCACCUCAACCCGUUCUACCAAACAGAGUUUGGAUGAUAACGUCUCUUGCCAUACCACAUUGACAACUAUGAGCAGCUCUUCUGGCCCUAAUGCUUCGUGUUCCUAUGGCCGGGUUGGGGUGUCUACUCAAAUGCAAGGGGAGUUGUUUGGCUGUCCUAAAUCAAAAUCAAGGGUAAUGGCUUCUUCAUUUGAUUCGUCCAGCAAGGAAAGUAAUCCUCAAACCAGUUCUAUUUACGGGUCACAAGUCAGCUCAUGGGUUGAACAGGCAUGUGCCAUGAAAAAAAAUACUACUAGUGUCUCAACCGUUGGUUCUAAGAAACCCGAUGAACUGACCAAACCAACCCGUAAGAGGCUCAAACCAGGAGAGAACCCUAGGCCUAGGCCUAAAGAUCGCCAAAUGAUUCAAGAUCGUGUGAAAGAAUUGCGAGAAAUUGUGCCAAAUGGAGCCAAGUGUAGCAUUGAUUCUCUUUUGGAACGCACUAUCAAGCACAUGCUUUUCUUACAGAGUGUAAAAAAACAUGCGGACAAACUAAAGCAGACCGGAGAGUCAAAGAUUAUUGGCAAAGAAGGAGGUAUACAUCUAAAGGAUAAUUUUGAAGGAGGGGCAACAUGGGCGUAUGAAAUUGGAUCAGAGUCUACAAUGUGUCCCAUCAUUGUUGAGGAUAUGAAUCAGCCUGGUCAGAUGCUUGUGGAGAUGCUAUGUGAACAAAGCGGUUUCUUCUUGGAAAUUGCUGAAAUUAUUCGAGGGUUAGGAUUGACCAUCUUAAAGGGGGUCAUGGAAAUGAAGAAUGACAAAAUUUGGGCACAGUUCGCUGUUGAGGCUGACAAAGACAUUACCAGGAUGGAGAUAUUUAUGUCUCUUGUAAAUCUCUUUAAGCAAACAACCAUAAGCUGUAAUGAUAAUGAAGAAUGAAGGCUCUUCUUUCCUCCAAACUGAUUCAAUUCCAGCUACCAUUACUUGCACAGUUCCAUCCACCAGCAUCUGGAAAUGUUAAGAGUGAGCCUUCGGUGGGCUUGCCAUGACUAACACCACUCUGGAUAGAUUCAUCUGGUGGUCCAAACGUUGUUUUUGUCUUCUUUGUAUCUAUAUAUUGCAAUUCUGUGUGUUAUUAUGUUUCGGGGUGUAAUACCAAACCUGACAUGUAGCAGGUUCCAGGUUUUUCUUUCCCUUGCUGGUUAGCUAGCUAGCUUGGAUUGAUGUUGAUUGCAUAAAGUAGCUUUUUUCAUUCAACUCCUUGAGGGCAGUGGUUUGUGUGAGUUGGGAGUACGAAUGGGAAACUGUUAGUUUUUUCUUUCUUUCUUCUACAUAAGCCUUCACCCAUAUAAAUAGUGAAACGCAUAUGUUCUUUGCC